CUAAAGAGGCAUUUGGAUCACCAUUUUGCAAAUAACCACACAUCAGAGCCGUCCAAGACACCACAUUUCUUUGUGGCAUUUUAUCAAACACCAAACAUGCCAAUUUCAUAGUGCCACAUUUUGCGUACAUAUCAAUGAGAUUAUUGUUCAGGACCAAAUCAAACCCUAACCCUAGCUUCUCCAUAAUCCCAUGUAGCUGCUUCCCCUGAUCAAUCAAACGGUACCUUGAACACUUCUUCAAUACCUCAGAGAAUCGGUAACACAUGCUAGAAUAUGGGAACGAGAACCGCGCAACUUCUCGUGCGAGAACUUGAGAACCGCUUCGUCCCCGCGGUGAAAAACUGCGCGAGAAUAUCGGAAUUGAAGAAGAUUCACGCACACGUCGUGAAGCUUUCGCUAUCACAGAGCAACUUUGUGAUUACAAAAAUGUUGGAUUGUUGCGACAAAUUCAGUAAUGUAAAUUAUGCCACCUUGCUAUUCGAGCAACUCGUGGAGCCAAACGUGUUCUCUUACAACGCAAUCAUCAGAGCCUUAACGCACAAUCAAGAACACUACCUAGCAAUCACAGUGUUCAAGAGAAUUCUGAUGAGGGAAGAAAGGAUUUCAGAUAAAGUUCCGAUUUCGCCCAAUGAAUUCACGUUCCCGUUUGUGAUAAAGUCGUGUUCGGUGCUCUCAUUGCGGUGUCUUGGUGAAGAGAUUCAUGGGCAGGUUUGGAAAUUUGGGCUGAAGUCAAAUUCUGUGACCGAGAAUGCACUGAUUGAUAUGUAUACGAAAUUCGGUGAUCUGAGGAAUGCACAUAAGGUGUUUGAGGAAAUGACUGAGCCAGAUGCUGUUUCCUGGAAUGGCUUGAUCUUUGGGUAUGCUAGGUUGGGGCAGAUGGAGAGUGCAAGGGUGCUGUUUGAUGAAAUGCCUUGUAGAACAAUUGUUUCUUGGACUGCAAUGAUAUCCGGGUACUGCGGAAUAGGGUGUUAUGGUGAUGCAUUGGACAUCUUCAGGAGGAUGCAAAUGGUGGGCAUUGAGGCUGAUGAGAUUAGUGUUAUAACUGUUUUGCCUGCUUGUGCACACCUUGGAGCUCUUGAGGUUGGGAAAUGGAUUCAUAUGUACUCAGGUAAAAACGGGUUUCUGCAGAAAACCGGCAUCUGCAAUGCACUGGUUGAAAUGUAUGCUAAGUGCGGUUGCAUUGAUGAAGCAAUGAGCUUGUUUGAUCAAAUGGUUGAGAAGGAUGUGAUUUCUUGGAGUACCAUGAUUGGAGGGCUAGCUAAUCAUGGGAAAGCUCAUGCAUCAAUUGAGCUGUUUCGGAAAAUGCAGAAGGCGCAAGUUACACCUAAUGGGAUAACUUUUCUUGGUGUUUUGUCAGCUUGCACUCAUGCAGGGUUUUGGAAUGAGGGGUUGAAAUAUUUUGAUGUCAUGAGGUUGGAGUAUCAUAUAGCCCCUGAAAUUGAGCACUAUGGUUGCUUGGUUGAUCUUCUAGGACGUUCUGGGCAGCUCGAGCAGGCCCUUGACGCAAUAUCUAAGAUGCCAAUGAAGCCAGAUUCAAGGAUAUGGAACUCCUUGUUAAGCUCUUGCAGGAUUCAUCGCAAUCUUGAGAUUGCUGUUGUUGCAAUGGAACAGCUUUUGGAGCUUGAGCCAGAGGAAUCUGGAAACUAUGUUUUGCUUGCUAACAUAUAUGCAGAACUUGGCAAGUGGGAAGGUGUAUCAAAUGUUAGGAAACUCAUUAGAAGCAAGGGGAUAAAGAAAACGCCAGGGUGUAGCAUGAUUGAGGUUGACAAUGUGGUUCAAGAGUUUGUAUCAGGUGAUGAUUCAAAACCCUUCUCACAAGAUGUGUUUUGGAUCCUAGAAGUCCUGGUUUUACACCAAACUAGAACUAAUGAUUUGAUGGAGGAUGUCACAGAAGAUGCAAGUAAACUCUGGUGAAAUUUAGCAUAAGGUUUGUUUUUCACCCUGCAAAGUGAACAUCUUUUGAGUUUGCAUAAAUUACUCUAGUCGACUUAGCUAAAGUGACGAAUCAUAUUGGUGGCGAACAUACGGAAGCAAAACUGUUACUGAUGAAAUAGAGCUGGUUGAAUCCUGAAAGAAACUCAUAAUUUUCCUAACAAUGGUGAAUGUGUUCAGAUCAACAUGAAAAAUAAACAUACAACAAAUUGAAGAUACUAAAGGCCAUAUAACCCUUUUGUAGCUAACCGUUUACCUAUAAAGGAGCCAAACCAAUCUAAUUCCUAUCACUUAGCGACUAUUUUUUACUUUCCAAAUUCCACCAAAAGAUUGUGCAGCCAAAGUUUAUGAAGUUUGAUCAGAUGGCACAAUGCGCCUGAAUACGGCCUGGAAGGUUUGCCCCCCAUUUCUUGCAACUUUUUGACCUUCUUCAGUUGCAGAACUCAAAAGCUUCACAACUGGAUCUGCUUCAAGUUCUUUCUCAGUCAAGGCUUCAAACAUGGGGUGAUUCUCCAGACAAGAUUUCAUCCAGUCCCCAAGCUCUUCAACAUCUGUAAUUGUGUAUAUAAUUCCACCAGCCUUAAGAACAUAAGCAUAUUCAUCUAGCAAGAAUGGGCUGAUAACCCUUCGGCGGUGAUUCUUCUCUUUAAAAUGAGGAUCAGGAAACAAGAAAAACAUCUUUGUGAGCUGUGCUUUCUCAAAAUAAUUGGGAAUGUACUUCAUUGAGUUAGUCCGCACCACAGAAACAUUUUGGUAUUGACCUGGAUUUGCUACCCUUAGAGAUAGAAUCCGUUCCUUGACAUACUCAGUCACUUUAUCUCUAAGCUCCAUUCCAAUCAUCAGUGUUUCUGGGAAAAGUGUUGAAAGACUAAUGAGCAGCCCUCCAAAACCACAGCCAAUAUCAGCAAACUGGAUCUUUCUAGAACCAUCGGCUUGAUCAGACGAUGGAAAGAUCUGAGGGUAAUGGAGGGAAUAGUCAAACUGACUGGGGGAUAUUGGCACAGGGAAGUGAGAGUCACUCAGUGGAUUGCUGUGUGCUCGUGCUCGGUAGAAGCGCUUUCGUGGCAAACCAGUUGACUUGCUGAUAGUUGCUUUUACCUCAGUCUCUGGCAUGUCUAUUUAUUCAAACU